AUGAAUUUAGAUGCAGUGAGUGGUCAGGACUUGACCGGCGCAUUUAAAAUCACAAAUUUAGCAGUCGCUUUCUUAGCGGUGUUAUCUGGUGUUUCUCAAAUGUUUAAUGGAAUGUAA